ACUGCGAUAUAAGAAAAGGGUGCAAAAAUAACAAAAUGAAUUUAUUAUACCCCAUACCACAAUUAUGUACAGAUUUUGUGUCAGGGAGGUGCGUACAAGGCCCCUAUUGCAGAUUUCGUCACAAGUUGUUCACAGAACGUUUAAGUGAUUUUGUGCAAAUUUGUCAGUUUAAUAACUUUUGUACGUGGAAAUACUGUAAUUGCCUACAUAUAACAAGAGACGAGGAGAAUCUCUUCAGAAAUCAGGGAAUCAUACCUUCAGAACUAGCUGUCAGGUACAGAUCUAUGCUUUCAGUUCUAAUGCAUAAAUUUAGUUGGAAAUAUGUUGAGCAAGAGACGUCUUUGCUUGAAAUGGUAUCUGCAGGACCACCACAAGAACCAGCGAACUACCCGCAACAGGUACCUAUACAAUAUUAUACGCAAACUUCACUUCCGGCGCCAUCACCCUGGCCUCCAAUAAACAAUGCUGCAUACCCGCAACCGGUAAUGACAGCAGUCGAUGCGAUACAACCACAAUAUCAAUUUCCACCGCCACCAUCGUUACCUCAGAUUGCGAGUAGAUGUGACGAAAUGAAUACAGCCGUAACACAAGCAUCUCCGUCCAUACCGCCAUCAUCAUUUUUUGGAGCCACACGGAAAAGAUGGAAUGAACCAAUUCGACCAGGAACAUCUGCACAUGUACCAACAAUGAGUGUAUCACAAACACCAGCGACAGUUUUACCACCACCUCAAUCGGUACCCUUACGACUUACUGUGAAUAGGAAUUUGAGUGCUGUUACGACUUCUAAUUUAGAACCUGAUAAUGGUAAUAAACGUAGAAAAAUCGUACAACAAUCGCCAACAGCAGAUUCACAAAGAUCAUCAAUAAUGAAUGUUUUACGAGAACUACCAAAAGCUCAACCAUCACCUGCACAAACAUCUCCGCGGCCGCAACCGUGGACGAGAAAUACUAUGAAUACGACAAGGAUGUGGGAGGGCUCCGAUUUUGUAGCUACAGAAGUAAAAUUCGACCGGAAACCGCCAACGGUAACUUCACCAAGAUCAUCACUAACAAACGUAGCACGAGAACUACCAAGAACUCAGUCACCAAAAUCAUUGACCACAAGUACUACAAUUGCUAACGAGACGAGUAAGGGCCCUGAUUUGGUAGCUACAGAAGUUAAUACCCAACGAAAACCGCCAAUAAUAAGUUCACGCAGAUCAUCAGUAAUGAGUGUAGCACGAGAACCACUUAGACCUCCGUCACCACCUCCGUCACGACAUUCAUUCACGACAAGCACCAUGAUUUGUAAUAAGAUGAGCAAGGGCUCUGAUUCGGUAGCUACAAAAGUUAAUACCGAAUGGAAACCGUCAACAAUAAGUUCACGAAGGUCAUCAGCAAUGUGCGUAGCACGAGAACAAACUAAAGUUCCUUCAUCACAAUUAUUGAUCACAAAUACGAUGACAACGGACAAGGUAAGUAAAGGCUCUGAUUUAGUAGCUACAGAAGUUAAUACCCAACAGAAACCGCCAACAAUAAAUUCACGCAGAUCAUCCGUAAUGAGUGAAGCACGAGAACCACUAAGAGCUUCGUCACCACCUCCGUCACGACAAUCAUUGACGGGAAAUAAUAUGAUUUCUAACAAGAUGAGUAAGAGUUCUGAUUUAGAAGCUACAGAAGCUGAUAUCCAACGGACACGGCCAACAAUAAGUUCACGCAGAUCAUCAGUAAUGAGUGCAGCACGAGAACCAUUUAGAGCUCCGUCACCACCUCCGUCACAACAAUCAUUCACGGGAAAUAUCAUAAUUUCUAACAAGAUGAGUAAGGGUUCUGAUUUAGUAGCUACAGAAGCUAAUACCCAACGGAUACCGCCAACAAUAAGUUCACGCAGAUCAUCAGUAAUUAGUGUAGCACGAGAACCACUUGGAGUUCCGUCACCACCUCCAUCACGACAAUCAUUGACGGGAAACACCAUGAUUUCUAACAAGAUGAGUAAGGGCUCUGAUUUAGUAGCUACAGAAGCUAAUAUCCAACGGACACCGCCAACAAUAAGUUCACGCAGAUCAUCACUAACAAACGUAGCACGAGAACUACCUACAACUCAAUCUCCGAAAUCAUUGACCACAAGUACUACAAUUGCUAACGAGACGAGUAAGGGCCCUGAUUUGGUAGCUACAGAAGUUAAUAUCCAACGGACACCGCCAACAAUAAGUUCACGCAGAUCAUCAGUAAUGAGUGUAGCACGAGAACCACUUAGAGCUCCGUCACCACCUCCGUCACGACAGUCAUUGACGGGAAACACCAUGAUUUCUAACAAGAUGAGUAAGGGCUCUGAUUUAGUAGCUACAGAAGCUAAUAUUCAACGGACACCGCCAACAAUAAGUUCACGCAGAUCAUCAGUAAUGAGUGUAGCACGAGAACCACUUAGACCUCCGUCACCACCUCCGUCACGACAAUCAUUGACGGGAAAUAACAUGAUUUCUAACAAGAUAAGUAAGGGCUCUGAUUUAGUAACUACAGAAGCUAAUAUCCAACGAGCACCGCCAACAAUAAGUUCACGCAGAUCAUCACUAACAAACGUAGCACGAGAACUACCUACAACUCAAUCUCCAAAAUCAUUGACCACAAGUACUACAAUUGCUAACGAGACGAGUAAGGGCUCUGAUUUAGUAGCUACAGAAGCUAAUAUCCAACGGACACCACCAACAAUAAGUUCACGCAGAUCAUCAGUAAUGAGUGUAGCACGAGAACCACUUAGAGCUCCGUCACCACCUCCAUCGCCACAAACAUUGACGACAAACACCGUGAUUUCUAACAAGAUGAGCAAGAGCUCUGAUUUGGUGGCUACAAAAGUUAAUACAGAAUGGAAACAGCCAAUAAUAAGCUUACCAAGGUCAUCAGCAAUGAGUGUACCACGAGAACCACCUACAUUUCCGUCAUCACCAUCAUUGACUACAAAUACCAUAACUACGAAAAAGGUAAGUAAAAGCUCUGAUUCAAUAACCACUGAAGUAAAAAUCAACCAGAAACCGCCAACAAUAAGUGCACUAAGGUCAUCAGUAGCGAGUGUAGCACGAGAUCUACCUAUAGCUUCGUCACCAUCUCCGGCGCCACAGACAUUGACGACAAGCACCAUGAUUUCUAACAAGAUGAGUAAGGGCUCUGAUUUGGUGGCUACAAAAGUGUAUACCGAAUGGAAACCGCCAACAAUAAGCUCACGAAGGUCAUCAGCAAUGAGUGUACCACGAGAACCACCUAGAGGUCCGUCUCCACCUCCGUCGUCACAGACAUUGACGGCACACACAAUUGCUAACCAGAUGAGUAAGGGCUCUGAUUUAUUGGUUACCGAACCGAAAUCGUUAACACCAGCUUCACCACGACCACCAGUAAUGAGUGUAGCGCAAGUGCCAUCUAAAGCUCUGCCAGCAUCUUCGUUACAAUCACUGACGAUAAAUACGUGUCCUAAUUUUGUAGAAGUAAAAACCGAACCGAAACCGCCAACGACAGCUUCACCAAGGUCACCAGUUAUGAGUGUAGCACAAGCGACACCUUUAACUUCACCACAAGUAGCUCCACCUCUACCUCCACCUCCGCCACCACCUCUACCACCGCCUUGGUCACCUCAAUUAUUGAUGACGACUUCUAAUUCAACCGAUCCUAGUUUUAUAGUCACAGAAAUAAAAACUGAACCGAAAUCGCCAACAACAAUUUCACCAAGGUCACCAGCUAUGAGUGUAGCGCAAGCGUCACCUUUAACUUCACCACAAGUAGCUCCACCUCUACCUCCACCUCCGCCACCACCUCUACCACCACCUUCGUCACCUCAAUCAUUGAUGACGACUUCUAAUUCAACCGAUCCUAGUUUCAUUGCCACAGAAAUAAAAACUGAACCGAAAUCGCCAACAACAACUUCACCAAGGUCACCAGCUAUGAGUGUAGCGCAAGCGUCACCUUUAACUUCACCAAAAGUAGCUCCACCUCCACCACCACCUCCGCCACCACCUCUACCACCACCUUCGUCACCUCAAUCAUCGAUGACGAUUUCUAAUUCAACCGAUCCUAGUUUUAUAGCCACAGAAAUAAAAACUGAACCGAAAUCGCCAACAACAGCUUCACCAAGGUCACCAGCUCUGAGCGUAGCACGAGCGUCGCCUUUAACUUCACCACAAGUAGCUCCACCUCUACCUCCACCUCCGCCACCACCUCUACCACCACCUUCGUCACCUCAAUCAUUGAUGGGAACUUCUAAUUUAUCCGACCCUAGUUUUGUAGGCACAGAAGUAAAAACUGAACCGAAAUCGCCAACAGCAGCUGCACCAAGCUCACCAGAUAUGAAUGUAGCGGGAGCGUUACUUUUAACUACACCACAUGUAGCUCCACCUCUACCUCCAUCUCCGCCACCAUCUCUACCACCACUUUCGUUACCCCAAACAACGAUGGCAACUUCUAAUUCAUCCGACUCUGGUUUCAUAGGCAUAGAAGUAAAAACCGAACCGAAAUCGCCAACGACAGCUUCCCCAAGGUCACCAGUUAUGAAUAUAGCGCAAGUGUCACCUUUAACUUCACCACAAGUAGCUCCACCUCCACCUCCACCUCCACCACCACCUCUUCCACCACCUUCGUCACCCCAAUCAAUGAUGGCGACUUCUAAUUCAUCCGACUCUAGCUUUUUAGGCACAGAAAUAAAAACCGAACCUAAAUCGCCAACGACAGCUUCACCAAGGUCAUCACCUAUGAGUAUAGCGCGCACGUCACCUUUAACUUCACCACAAGUAGCUCCGCCUCUUCCUCCACCUCUGCCACCACCUCUACCACCACCUUCGUCACCUCAAUCAUUGAUGGCAACUUCUAAUUCAUCCGACCCUAGUUUUGUAGGCACAGAAAUAAAAACUGAACCGAAAUCGCCAACAAAAGCUUCACCCAGGUCACCAGCCAUAAGUGCAGCACGAGCGCUUCUACUAGCCAUCAAACGCAAGAUAGAGGACGAACCAAUGUCAUCAACGACGGAUGCACAAAUGUCGUCUGAAAUAAUCGCUUCAAAACGAUUUAAAAUUGGAAGUAUAUUAGAAGAGUCAUUAACAGCAGCGAUAGGGAAUGAGGUAAACAUUUCACAAAAUUUGGAUAAUAAUAGAUUACUGACAUCCGAAAUAUCUACAUCACCAGAAAUAUUAGCACCGAUACCUAUGGGGACAUCAAUGGACACAGCAUCUCAUAUGGAAUCACCAACACCGCAGAGCGUGCCGCCACUUACAUUAACACCGGUACCUUUUCAUUCACCAUGGCCUGACAUACCAUGGGAAACGAUUCAACAAAUAUUAAGUCAAAAACCACCACCACCUCCACAAUCGGAAAAUGUAUCCGAAAUUUCAACGGAUUGUAAAAAUGGUGAUAAAUGCGGAGACAGAUGUACUAUCGAGAAAUUUUUAUUAUAUGACACUGUGGUGCACCAAACUUCCUUGUUAAGAGGUCUCGCGCAAUCUUUUCAAAAAGAGCCUUAUGCAUUAGAAAUGUUUGGGGCGAAGACAUAUAGGACGUUAUUGACCUACAUAUAGACAUAGUUACCCUCGGUGCUUUAUGACUGCCUUUGAUGUGUAUUUAAAUCUGGCAUUCGUUUAAAAUCAUUUUCUUAAAAUGAAAUCCGUAGGAUUCUUACGUGAGUAUAUUUUGAUUUAGAUAAAAAGGAAAUUGCGAUUGUGUAGAAACAUUACUUUUUUGCGAAUGUACCUAUUACAAUUCCUAUGCGAAAGUGUAUCCUAAGUAGAAACAGUAGAUUCCGGUCGAGAUUCUAAAUGAGUUAUAAGGCACUGAAUCAUAUUUUAAUUUGAGUAUUAUCGAUAUUACUUUAGGUCACAUGCAGAACUCAUGUAAGUUACUGGAUAUUCAGGGUUCUUAAUUUAGUAUUCUAUUCUUAUUUCAAAGUAUAGUUUUGUUAUAAUGACUUUUUUCUGCGCAUGUAGGUACUGUUUUCUUUAGCUUCGGUAGGUUAAAUAAAAAUGGAAUCCUUAGUUCUAAAAUUACUUUGUUAAUCGCCUGGUAGUUUGUUCGGGUCAUAAAAAUAAAAUAAGAAAUGGUAUCCUAUUGUUCGUAUCUCGCGGGACGUUCUCCGGCCACCGUAAGUGCAGGCUUGCGGACGGCAAGCAUGG